AAUAACAAAAAUCACAAAAUGCAUUUAAAAAGUGCAGCGGCAACGUCAACAGUGAAAACAACAAUUCUGAAACAUAAUUUAAGUAAAUUUUAUGGAUACGGUUGGAUGCAAGUCUUCCUACUACUGACAGUCUUCGUGAUUGGUAAUCAAAGUGCCUGGCAGGAGAAUAUUCGACCAAAACUCUACGUUGAAUUAGGUCCCGAAGAUAUAAUGAAGUUUCUGGGCAACGAUAGUGUCGUGGAUCACUUCAAGCUUGUGACCAAGGAUGGCAACAGUCUGCUCAUCGGUGCCAGAAAUACGGUUUUUAAUUUAAGCAUACACGAUCUCACUGAGCAGCAGCGUUUGGUCUGGACAUCGCCAGAGGAUGACACCAAAAUGUGUCUCGUCAAGGGAAGGAUGAGGUGAGCCUGCCAGAACUAUAUUCGCAUCAUGGUGGUGCCAUCGCCGGGUCGCCUCUUCGUUUGUGGCACCAACUCCUUCCGGCCCAUGUGCAACACGUACCUCAUCAGCGAAAGCAACUACACCCUGGAGGCCACCAAGAAUGGCCAGGCUGUCUGCCCCUAUGAUCCCCGUCACAACUCCACCUCAGUGCUGGCUGACAAUGAACUGUAUUCCGGCACCGUGGCAGACUUCAGUGGCAGCGAUCCGAUUAUUUACAGGGAACCAUUGCAGACGGAACAGUAUGACAGCCUGAGCCUCAACGCGCCCAACUUUGUGAGCUCAUUUACCCAAGGAGAUUUUGUAUAUUUCUUCUUUCGCGAAACCGCUGUGGAGUUUAUCAAUUGUGGCAAGGCGAUUUAUUCGCGCGUUGCCCGCGUCUGCAAGUGGGACAAAGGUGGCCCGCAUCGUUUCCGCAACCGCUGGACAUCCUUCCUUAAGUCCCGACUCAACUGCUCCAUUCCGGGCGAUUAUCCUUUCUACUUUAACGAAAUCCAAUCUGCUAGCAAUCUGGUGGAGGGACAGUAUGGUGCAAUGAGCUCUAAGUUGAUCUAUGGAGUCUUCAAUACACCUACCAAUUCCAUUCCUGGCUCGGCAGUUUGUGCAUUUGCCUUGCAGGACAUUGCCGAUACGUUUGAGGGCCAGUUUAAGGAACAGAGCGGCAUCAACUCCAACUGGCUGCCGGUAAACAAUGCCAAGGUGAGUCCCGAUCCGCGUCCUGGUUCCUGUCACAACGAUUCAAGAACGCUUCCGGAUCCCACAUUAAAUUUCAUCAACCAUUCGCUAAUGGACGAGAAUGUGCGGGCAUUUUUCAGUCAACCGAUUUUGGUCCGGACGAGCACCAUUUACCGCUUCACACAAAUCGCUGUAGAUGCACAAAUCAACCCUGGUGGAAAGACCUAUGAUGUUAUAUUUGUAGGAACAGAUCACGGCAAGAUCAUCAAAUCAGUGAAUGCCGAAUCUGCCGAUUCCGCAGACAAAGUCGCAUCCGUUGUCAUCGAAGAGAUUGAUGUGCUGACCAAGAGUGAACCCAUUCGAAACCUGGAGAUCGUUAGGACCAUGCAGUACGAUCAACCGAAAGAUGGCAGCUACGAUGAUGGCAAAUUAAUCAUUGUGACGGACAGCCAGGUGGUGGCCAUACAACUGCAUCGCUGUCACAAUGACAAAAUUACCAGCUGCAGCGAAUGCGUCGCAUUGCAGGAUCCAUACUGCGCCUGGGACAAAAUUGCUGGCAAGUGCCGCUCCCAUGGCGCUCCACGGUGGCUGGAGGAGAACUAUUUCUACCAGAAUGUGGCCACCGGCCAGCAUGCAGCCUGUCCCUCAGGCAAAAUAAAUUCAAAGGAUGCCAAUGCCGGGGAGCAGAAGGGCUUCCGGAACGACAUGGAUUUGUUGGACUCACGGCGCCAGAGCAAGGAUCAGGAAAUCAUCGACAACAUUGAUAAGAACUUCGAUGGACCCCAAAUUUCCGCAGAUAUAAUCAAUGCCCAGUACACAGUGGAGACCCUGGUGAUGGCCGUGCUAGCGGGUUCGAUCUUCUCCCUGCUCGUUGGUUUCUUCACGGGCUACUUCUGUGGAAGACGCUGCCACAAGGACGAGGAUGACAAUCUGCCAUAUCCGGAUACGGAAUAUGAGUACUUUGAGCAGCGACAAAUGUCAAUAGGUUUCUUCCCCUCAUCAUGCCGCAUCCAGCAGGAGCCCAAGCUGCUGCCCCAGGUGGAGGAGGUGACGUAUGCGGAGCCAGUGCUGCUACCUCAGCCACCGCCACCAAAUAAGAUGCACUCGCCAAAGAAUACACUAAGGAAGCCACCCAUGCACCAGAUGCAUCAAGGCCCCAACUCGGAAACACUCUUCCAGUUCCAGCCCGAUGGCUACAAUACCCAGCAAUCAUAUCGCGGACGCGAUAACUUUGGUACCCUGCGCUCACACCAGGUGAUGGGCGACAACUAUAGGCGCGGCGAUGGCUUUUCCACCACCCGCAGCGUCAAGAAGGCUGUAAACAACACAAACACACGUAACAGAAGUCUUGGUCGCGCAAGAAGACAGCCGCCCCGUCAUGGCAUUGUAACUCAACACCGCUCCAAUAGCCCCCAGCAGCAGCAACAGCAGCAGCAGUCGCAGCAGCAACAGCCCCAGCCGUCGCACUCCAGUUCCGGCUCCUCGCCCGUAAUGUCCAACAGCAGCAGCAGUCCGGCACCGCCAUCCAGCAGCCCCAGUCCGCAGGAGAGCCCCAAGAACUGCAGCUACAUCUACCGUGAUUGAUUGAUAUGCAACACCAAAUCGAUGCCACUCAUCCAGGCCCAGCCCAAGCAGCACCCACUACCGCUCCCGAUUCCGCUUCCAGUCCAGCACCAGCAACAGCAGCUGCAGCAGCAGCAACUCCAGCAUCAGCAGCAGCAUUUCGCCAAGAGUCCAAUGGGCGGCAGGACAUUUGCCAAGGCCAAGUCCAUGCCGGUGACACCCGUUCAGCCGCAAUCGCCGCUGGAGGAGACACCAUCCUACGAACUGUACGAACGCCAUGCUCACUCCGAUGCCCACGCCCACUCGGACUUCGAUGAUGAGGAUAUGGAGGACACCGCAUCGCUGGCCAUGAUCACACCGCCGCCGCCCUAUGACACGCCCCAUCUGCUUGCCUCGCCACCAGUGCCACCGCCUCGUCGAUUUCGCUUCGGCAACCGAGAGCUGUUCAGCAUGAGUCCUGCUGGCGGUGGUGCCACGCCCACAACCUCUAGCACUGCCAUAACGCCCACAAAGCUAAGUGCAGCAGCGGCGGCCAUGUUUGCCGCCCCACAAAUGGCCACACAGCUCAACCGGAAAUGGCGACGGCGAAGGAGAAAUAGCAGUUCCGGUGACUCCAAGGAACUGGACAAGCUGGUGCUGCAGUCCGUCGAUUGGGAUGAGAAUGAGAUGUACUAGCAGGCAAGUCGAAGAUAUAAGCACUUUUAAUCGGAGAAGGUAUUCUUAAAUUAAGAAGGUAGUAAGAGCGAUUUCGAUUUAAAAGCUAGGGAUCAGGAACAACGAUUCCGGAAUAUAGCUCAAGUGCUUAUAUGAAAAGAAGAAACAUGGUUUGUUUUAAGGUGGUAUUUAAAUUAAUUACAUAGAAAACUGAAA